UUAAUUAAAUAACCUUAAAUCAUAAAUCAGUCAAGAUGUCGGCGGAUGUACGUGAUAUUCUGGACAUGGAGCGGGCCAACACCCCCGAAAUAACCAGGGAUUCCUUCCUGGCCACAAAGAAGCGCAACUUCGAACGGACAAAACAUGCUUCUCGUCGUCCCGAGGGCAUGCACCGCGAGGUGUUUGCCUUGCUCUACACAGACAAGAAGGAUGCGCCACCUUUGUUGCCAACGGACACGGCCCUGGGCAUUGGAGCCGGCUAUAAGCAGACCAAGGCCCGCCUUGGCAUGAAGAAGGUGCGCAAGUGGGAGUGGGCGCCAUUCUCCAAUCCGGCCCGAAACGAUGCAGCCGUCUUCCAUCACUGGAAACGGGUCAGCGACGAUUCCGCAGACUACCCCUUUGCAAAAUUCAACAAACAGCUAGAGAUCCCUUCCUACACCAUGACGGAGUACAAUGCGCACUUGAGAAACAAUAUAAGCAACUGGAGCAAGGUCCAGACAGAUCAUCUGUUUGACUUGGCCAGACGCUUUGACCUUCGGUUUAUCGUGAUGGCGGAUCGCUGGAACCGGCAACACGGCGCCAAGACAGUGGAGGAAUUGAAGGAGCGUUACUACGAGGUGGUGGCCUUAUUAGCGAAGGCGAAAAAUCAAGCUAGCGAAAAGAAAGUAUUUGUUUACGAUGCCGAGCACGAGCGGAGGCGCAAGGAGCAGCUGGAGAAGCUGUUCAAGCGCACCACCCAGCAGGUGGAGGAAGAGCAGAUGCUCAUUAACGAGAUGAAAAAAAUCGAGGCUAGGAAGAAGGAGCGCGAGCGGAAGACGCAGGAUCUGCAAAAGCUCAUUUCACAAGCAGAUCAGCAGAACGAGCACGCAUCCAACACACCUAGCACGCGCAAGUACGAAAAGAAGUUGCAUAAAAAGAAGGUGCACCAUCAACCGCGGCCCUCCAAAGUGGACUCUGUGGUGAAUGCCAUUGAAAUCGGUAGCAGCGGCAUAAAAUUCGCAGACCUGAGGGGAUCUGGGGUUUCGUUGCGUUCACAAAAGAUGAAGUUGCCGGCGAAUAUUGGUCAGCGUAAGGUUAAGGCCCUUGAGCAGGCUAUUCAGGAGUUUAAAGUUGAUCCCGCCCCACCGCCUACUGAGGAAAUUUGCACAUCCUUCAAUGAGCUGCGUUCCGACAUGGUGUUGCUAUGCGAGCUGCGCACAGCCCUAUCCACCUGUGUCUACGAGAUGGAGAGCCUAAAGCACCAAUACGAGGCUGCCUGUCCGGGCAAGACGCUGAAUAUCCCGCCCUCACUGGUGCCCAUCAAGACCGAAGCCCUGGACAAUAGCACAAAUUAAUUAAGUUAACUCACCCGUUUCCAGUCAGUCAGAUUCUCCAGACGCCGAAGUGUGUGCGGCGUGCUAAUCAUUGUAACCCGUUUUCCACUGUCCAUAUUUGAGCAUUUGCGCUACUCCCAGUUCGCUUGGGAAAUAAAUGGAUAAACAAGAAAA